UUAUAUAUCUCCAUCUUUUGUCAGGCAACAAUAUUUCAUUAUGGUUCCAUAAGUCUUAUUACCGAACCAUGCAAGUCAGCUCACAUUGCUGCAGCAAAAGCUGCAAAGGAUGCAGGUGUUGUUCUGUCCUAUGAUCCCAACCUUAGGCUUCCAUUGUGGCCCUCUGCAGAGAGUGCCCGGAAAGAAAUUAUGAGCAUUUGGGAUACUGCCGAUAUUAUCAAGGUAAACGAAGAUGAGAUUUCUUUCCUAACACAAGGAGAAGAUCCAUAUGAUGAUGCUGUUGUUCGUAAGUUAUUCCACCCAAAUCUGAAAUUGCUUUUAGUUACGGAGGGCCUGCAUGGUUGCCGUUAUUACACUCAGGAAUUCAGUGGGAGAGUCAAGGGCUUGAUGGUAGAAGCUGUCGACACCUCUGGUGCCGGGGAUGCUUUUGUAGCUGGAACAUUAUCACAACUAGCUUCUGACCUGUCCUUGCUUCAGGAUGAGGGUCGAUUGAGGGACGCUCUAUGGUUUUCUAAUGUUUGCGGUGCAUUGACCGUGACAGAAAGAGGUGCGAUUCCUGCCUUGCCGACUAGAGAAGCUGUUAUCGAUGCUAUUCCCAAAACUGUAGCAUAAGUUUUUCUUCCCAGACUCAUUAAUUAAGGUGACUUCCAAGUUCCUAUUGGCAACCGGGACUCGAUCGGAAUGAAGUUAAUGAAACGAUCCGCAUUUGACCUACUAAUAUUCUACCGUCA